AUGGCAUUGAACCGCAGAGUUAAGAUUAGACCACCCAAAAGGAACUUGAAUGAUGGUGUCGAUAUAGAAAAGUCUUGGAAUGUUUUGUCAUUUGCAAUUUCUGAAAUUUACAACAAAAAUGCGUCUAAUCUUUCCUUUGAGCAGUUGUAUAGAAAAUGUUAUCAUUUAGUAUUGAGAAAACAGGGGGAGCAGCUAUAUAAUAAUGUCAAGGCUCAGUUACGUAACCAUUUACUCGAUAAGAGAUCUGGAUUGGUGGAGAUGAUAAAGUCGACAUUGGGCAGCUCUACACUACAAGCCUCAGUACCUUUCAAGGCCGAUAUAUUAGUUCAAGUCAAUAAAGAUUGGGAGGAUCAUUGCUUGUGUAUGAGGAUGAUCAGUGACGUACUAAUGUACAUGGAUAGAGUAUAUGUGAAGGAAUCACAGUUACCUAUGAUAUAUGAUGUGGGUAUAACCCUUUUCCGAGACUAUGUUAUCCAAUAUAAUAAUAAUGAGAUCGGUACAAUAUUGAAUCAUAUUCUCAUGAGUGGCAUAUCCAGUAAUAGAAGUGGUCGACUAGUUGAUAAGUUUUUGAUUAAAUCAAUAAUUAAGAUGUACGAAUCGUUGGUUGGAGACAAUGACAUUGGUGUCAAUAAAAAUAGCGAUUAUGAAGAAAACUACUAUCUAAAGAGCUUUGAGCCUUUUUUUAUGGAAAGAUCGUUUGCGUAUUACCUGGAAUUGUCAAAUGAUUUGACGAAAUUGGAAAAUGGAUUGAAUUAUAUCACCAGGGUCAAUGAAAUAAUAAUUGAGGAAGAAAAUAUGUCUGUGAUUUAUUUACCAAAAGUAACGUUCCCCAAGCUAAUUCAAUUGCUUGAUGGUAUAUUGUUGACAAAUAACAUUGCUAAGGUUGUCGAUUUCAAGGAUCAGGGCUUCAAUUUUUGGGUUCUAAAUGAUGAGUAUAAACAAUUGAAUUUAUUGUAUUCAUUAGUUUCAAGAAUAGACAAAAGUUAUGGAUUCAUACAAGCAAACUUGAAGAAAAUAGUAUUAGAAGAAGGCAGUUCUCUAGAGGCAAUUACAAAAGAAUCGGUGCGUAACAAUGUGAAUGACACUAAAAAGAAAAGAGGCCCCAAAGAGAAUUUGACGCAAUAUGCCAUUGGAUGGAUUGAAAAUGUUUGCAAGCUCAAGGAGAAGUUCGACAUAAUUUUAGAGAAGGGCUUCAAGAAUAACACCGAUAUUCAAUCUUCUAUUGAAAGCUCGUUUGUGGAAUUCCUCAACCAAUGUCCAAAAACUGGCGAAUAUCUUUCCUUGUUUAUUGAUAGUAACAUUAAAAAAUCUUCCAACAAUAAAACGGAAGAAGAGUGUGAAAAGGUAUUGGAUAAAUGCGUGAUCGUUUUUAGAUAUCUAAAGGACAAAGAUCUUUUUGAAAAGUACUUUAAAAAUCACUUAACCAGAAGGUUAUUGCAACAAAAAUCAAUGUCGAUUGAUCUUGAAAGGUCUAUGAUAUCAAAAUUAAGACAAGAGGUUGGUUCACUUUAUACAUCAAAAUUGGAAGGAAUGUUUAGGGAUAUGAAGGUUUCCAAAGAUUUAUCACUAGAAUUUGGUAAUGACAAAAAGACAAAUUUUGAGGCUAAUAUUUUGACAACCACGUUUUGGCCCCUUCAGAUAAAUAAAGAUGAUGACCAGGUGAUAUAUCCGGAUGCUUUGGUUGAACUUAAAGAGGGCUUUGAAAAAUUUUACCUUGGGAAACACAGAGGACGGAAUCUAACAUGGGCACCGAAUUUUGGUUCGGUCGACAUUAGAACUAGAUACAAGAAGAGGGCUUAUGAAAUCAAUAUGCCAACUUAUGCCGGUAUAAUCAUGUUACUAUUUGAAUAUCAUGGGUCAUUAACCUUUGAGGAGAUCCUGGAAAUGACUAACAUCCCGAAACAGGAUCUUACUAGACACUUGCAAAGUAUUUCAGUAGCGCCUAAAACAAGAUUGUUAAAGAAAAUACCAAUGACCAAGGAAAUUAAUCCUGCUGAUAAGUUCAUUAUCAAUGAAAAUUUUGAAUCUAGCACGUCGAAAUUCAAGGUUUUAACAGUUUCGUUGUCUAACAAGGUUGAGAAUGAUAAUGAAAGAACAGAAACUAUGGCCAGCAUAAAUAAUUCAAGAAAGUUCGAAGUUGACGCAGCAAUAGUUAGAAUUAUGAAGUCUAGGAAAACUUUGAGUCAUAAUGAGUUGAUAGCCGAAUUAAUCAAACAAUUGAAUAACAGGUUUAACCCGCCGCCAUCGUUCAUUAAACAGCGAAUUGAAUCACUAUUGGAAAGAGAGUAUCUUGAAAGAAACUCAGAAAAUAGAUCCGUUUAUACUUACCUUGCGUGA